CAUGGAGAACGAGGAAAAGCUCAUCAACAGAGGCGAGGAAGAGGAGAUGGAGAUCUGCGGCUACAGCCUUUGCCGCUGGAAGCUGGCUUUGGUGGCUGGAGGGGUGCUGUGCACGGGCGGGCUCCUCCUCCUCCUCCUCUACUGGAUGCCCGAGUGGCGGGUGAAAGCGACCUGCGCCAGAGCCCCCCUCCGAGGCUGCCAGGUGGUGCUGCUGCGGACCACGGACGAAUUCCACAGCUGGUUUUGCGCAAAAGUCCGCGUUGUGCUUUCUCUGGGAUGCCGCCCUCUGCAGACACCGGCAUUGAUGAUCGGUGACUGUUUGUGUCCAGAGGCUGCUGAAGAGAACGGACGGAACCGGUUCUCCCGGGGCCAACUACAGGAGAUCCGGCAUUUCACCCACCACAGUGUGAAGUACUUCUGGGACGAGGGGGUCCAGAACUUCGGGUCCAUAAAGGGCCUGGACGAAGCCGUUCCCUGCUCCUCCAUCCACAAGGAGCACAGCGCAGGCUUGGCUGAGGGGAUCCGCGAUUACAGGAGAUUAUUCUACGGAGUCAAUGAAAUAACCGUGAAAGUGCCUUCUGUUUUUAAACUUUUGAUUAAGGAGGUGCUGAAUCCGUUUUACAUUUUCCAGCUGUUCAGCGUGGUCCUGUGGAGCACAGACGAGUACUACUACUACGCCCUGGCCAUUGUGCUCAUGUCUCUGGUGUCCAUUGCCAGCUCCCUCUACACCAUCCGCAAGCAAUACAUGAUGCUCCACGACAUGGUGGCGGCGCACAGCAUCGUGAGGGUGUCGGUCAGCACAGCAGAUGGAGGCAUUGACGAGAUCCUGUCGGGGGACCUGGUGCCCGGGGAUGUCAUCGUGAUCCCCUCGAAUGGGAUGAUCAUGCCCUGCGACGCGGUGCUAGUCAGUGGCACCUGCAUCGUCAACGAGAGCAUGCUGACAGGUGAAAGCGUUCCCGUCACCAAGACCAGCCUGCCAAACCCCUGCGAGGACCCCAAAGCCCCGCAGCCGGAAACCUACAGCCCAGAAGUGCACAAGAGGCACACCCUCUUCUGCGGCACAACCGUCAUCCAGACCCGCUUCUACCCGGCAGAGCUGGUCAAAGCCGUGGUGGUUCGAACCGGCUUCAGCACAUCCAAAGGGCAGCUGGUCCGUUCCAUCCUGUACCCAAAGCCGACAGAUUUUAAGCUCUACAGGGAUGCCUACAUGUUCUUGCUCUUCCUUGUCGGGGUGGCUGGUGUUGGAUUUCUGUACACCGUUGUCAACAGCAUCCUUCAUGAGGUUCCUGCCAAGAUCAUCAUCAUCGAGUCGCUGGACAUCAUCACCAUCACGGUGCCCCCCGCCCUGCCCGCUGCAAUGACUGCUGGGAUUGUGUAUGCGCAGAGGCGGUUGAAGAAGGUCGGGAUCUUCUGCAUCAGCCCCCAAAGGAUCAACAUCUGCGGGCAGCUGAACCUCGUCUGCUUUGACAAGACAGGCACUCUUACUGAAGACGGCCUUGAUCUCUGGGGGAUCCAAAGGGUGGAAAACGCUCGCUUCCUUUUGCCAGAAGAAAACGCUUUCAGCAAACCGCUGGUCAAGUCUCCCUUCAUUGCCUGCAUGGCAGCAUGUCACUCCCUCACCAAGAUUGAAGGCGUGAUCUCGGGGGACCCUCUGGAUCUGAAGAUGUUUGAAGCCACAGGCUGGAUUCUGGAAGAGGCGACGGAGGAGGAGACGGCCCUUCACAACCGCAUUAUGCCCACCGUGGUCCGGCCACCAAAGCAGCUUCUUCCGGAGCCCCAGCCGGCAGCGAGCGAAGACCUGGAGCUGUUUGAGCUUCCGGCCACUUACGAGAUUGGGAUCGUGCGGCAGUUCCCGUUUUCGUCUGCAUUGCAGCGGAUGUGUGUGGUGGCCAGAGCCCUGGGGCAGAAGAAGAUGGAUGCCUACGUGAAGGGGGCACCUGAGGUGGUGGCUGGCUUGUGCAAGCCCGAGACAGUGCCUGUUGACUUUGAGCGGGUGCUGGAAGAAUACACCAAGCAGGGGUUGCGAGUCAUUGCCGUCGCUCACCGGAGGCUGGAGUCCCGGCUGACUUGGCACAGAGUGCAGAAUGUGGGCAGAGAGGCCAUUGAGGCCAAUAUGGGUUUCUUGGGCUUAAUUAUCAUGCAGAAUAAACUCAAGGGAGAAACUCCGGCCGUGCUGGAGGAGCUGCACAGAGCCAGCAUCCGCACCGUCAUGGUGACAGGGGACAACCUGCUGACCGCCAUCUCUGUGGCCAGGGACUGCGGGAUGAUCCAGCCUCCCGACAAGGUGAUCGUGGCGGAAGCCCUGGCUCCGAAGGACGGGCAGCCCGCCAAGAUCAACUGGCACUACGCAGACAUGCUCAGCAAGAGCACCGAUCCCUCACCCGCCAUUCACCCAGAGAAGAUCCCUCUGAAGCUGGCCCCGGAGAACCUGGAGGACGUCCCCGUGACCAAGCACCACUUUGCCAUGAGCGGGAAGUCCUUCGCAAUCAUCCAGGAGCACUUUCUGGACCUCCUGCCAAAGCUCGUCCUGCACGGCACAGUGUUUGCUCGCAUGGCCCCAGACCAGAAGACCCAGCUGGUGGAAGCGCUGCAGAGCGUGGACUACUACGUGGGCAUGUGUGGCGACGGAGCCAACGACUGUGGGGCGCUGAAGAGGGCACACGGAGGCAUUUCCUUGUCUGAACUGGAGGCUUCGGUGGCCUCGCCCUUCACCUCCAGGAGCUCCAGCAUCUCCUGUGUGCCAAAUCUUAUCAGGGAAGGCCGGGCGGCUUUGAUCACCUCCUUCUGCGUGUUCAAGUUCAUGGCCCUCUACAGCAUCAUCCAGUACGUGUCCGUGACCCUGCUGUACUCGAUGCUGAGCAACCUGGGAGACCUGCAGUUCCUCUUCAUCGACCUGGCCAUCAUCCUUGUGGUGGUCUUCACCAUGAGCCUGAACCCGGCUUGGAAAGAGCUGGUGGCCCAGAGGCCCCCCGCAGGCCUCAUCUCCGCGCCCCUCCUGUGCUCCGUCCUCACCCAGAUCCUCGUCUGCCUCGGCUUCCAGACCCUGGGCUUCCUCUGGGUCAGGCAGCAGCCCUGGUACCAGCCCUGGACCCCCCACUCCAAUGCCUGCAGCUCCUCCAGGGCCCCCGAAGGUGCCAACGCCUCCUCCCAGGGGAACGAGACUCUCCACGAUGAGCACAACAUCCGGAACUACGAGAACACCACCCUCUUCUUCAUCUCCAGCUUCCAGUACCUCACCGUGGCCGUCGCCUUCUCCAAGGGGAAGCCCUUCCGGCAGCCCUGCCACAAGAACUAUCUCUUCAUCCUGUCGGUGCUGGUGCUGUACGCCUUCACCCUCUUCAUCCUCCUGCAUCCCGUCCAGCCCAUCGACUGGGCCCUCGAGCUGGUGUGCGUGCCCUUCCAGUGGCGGGUGGCGCUGCUCAUCAUCGUCAUCCUCAACGCGGUGGUGUCCCUCCUGGUGGAGAAUGCCCUCCUUGACACGCUGCUCUGGAAAGUCCUCUUCAGCCAGGAGAAGCGAGGGGAUUUCCGCCUGCCCUCCUCCCACCCACCACAGGAGGCACUGGAGGGCUGGCAGAGGUGCAGCCUGCCCGCUCUGCUCGGCUUCCGGAAGGGGCCCCCCAAGGCCAAGUACGCACACCUGGCCCAGGAGCUGCUGGUGGACCCCGACUGGCCACCCAAGCCCAGCACCACCACUGAAGCCAAAGCCCCCGUCCACGAGAAUGGCUCCUGCUGCGUCGUCACCCUCACGUAGCAUCGGAUGGCCAGCCCACCC